GUUGAAUGUUUGUUGUUGUUGUUGCUGCUGUUGCUAUUGCUGUUGUUGUAUAUGAAAACCCGAACCGUGAAAACAGCACACCGAGCAGCGAGAGUAACAAUUAUAAUUCGCAUCGCGAACGUGGUCAACUCAACCAACAGGCUGUCAGAAUUUGUAGUCGCAGUCGUAGUCGCUGACAGUGCACAGCGUACAAAUUGCAGUUUUUCGGAGACAAGCCGGACACAAACAAGCAGCUGGAAGUAGACGAAGAAGAAGAAGAGGCAGAAGAGCUGAAAGCAAAAGCUACCAAGUGAAUAAACAAGCUGAAGAAGCGCAGCUCAAGUGAAGACAAGGCAAACAGAGUAUAACAGCAGCAGCAGCAGCAGCAGCAGCAGUAACAGCACCAACAACAGCACGCAUAACAGCCACAACAACAACACGUACAAAAUGGCCGCCAUUCAACGCAAACUUGUGCACAAGCAAUUCAAUUCACCAAUGGGCCUCUACUCCCCGGAGAACGUAAAGGCCACACUGAAUCGCGAACUGAAGGCCUUCGGGGCCGACGGGAUCGAAAUCGAUGAACAAAUCACAAAGCCUUUAAACCUGGCCAACUCCGCUGUUCUGCGCGCUGUUGAGGAGGAGGAUCAACAAAUCAAAUGCGGUAGCCGAAAUUGCUUCAUAGGCGACUUUUAUGCUCGCCCACGGCAAAGUCGAAGUAGGCAGCGAGGUGGCAUUCAGGAGGCGCUGCCGCCGCAUCAUGCGCCGCAUCAGCAGCUGCUGGACCAGAUCAAGUCCGAGUAUCUGAGCCACCAGCACGAUGUGGUCAUCGAUCGAGAGACGGUGCUGCGCAUUAAUCGUCUGUCCACGCGGCGGCAGCUGCCCAAGCGCGAUCACAGCUGGCCGCCCGCGGAGCAGGAGGCGCUGCACAGCCCCUCGGUGACGCCCUCCAUCACGCCCACGCACAGCAUCGAUGUGCUGCGCCAGAAGUUUAACAGCCCCACGAGAAUCGUGGAGCCAACAGCUAGAGAGCUGCGCCAGCAACGCCGACAGCUGGAGCCGAAGCAGCAGCAGCAGCAGCAGCAGCAGAGACCGAGGCAGAGCAGAGCAGAUGCCAGCAGCAGCAGGACUCCAGAGGAGUCAGCCAGCCCUUCGCCAGCCACACCACAGGCCAGGGGCUUCUCCGCGCCCGAGACGAAGGCGGCGGAUGCGGACCUGGGCCUGGUUGCGCCCAAAUGCGAGUACUACGAGCAGCUGACGCAGCAGCGACCCGCCACGCCCACAGCCAAGGUGAGCACGCCCAGCUACCGACCACGUCUGAAGCGCCAAUCCUAUUCGCUGGACCGUGGACGCGCCCGCAAGCGAGCCGUGGCCUUGGGCGCUGCCACGGAGCUGCCGCCCCCGAAGCCGCGCAAUGGGAGUGGCAGCGGCACGCCCAAGGUGCAGAGGCGCAGCAUCAAGCUGGCCACCGAGCUGAGGAUCAGCUACGACACAGACCACGGCAACGACGGCGACAGCGAGGAGGAGCCCAAGGUCACGCUCGCAGCAGCGGCAGCGGCAGCGGCAGCGGCAGCAACUGCGGCUGACAUCGAUUUGGAAUCGUUGCCGCUGCCCGCCACGCCCAGCGAAAGGGCAGCAGCAGCUGCCGCCGCAAUCGCUGCAGCCAAGCUGAUGACCCAGACACAGAAUGCGAGCUUGCCAAGACAGGGAUCCACGUCAAUUGACAGCCUGGCACUUAAGCAGCAGCAGCAGAUGGCGCUGGCCMUAGCCGCAGCUACGCCCGAUGGCCGAGUGCAGAGCGAGCGCAUUAUUCCGAUCACGGUGCUCGCGGAGACACCUCGGCCCGGCCAGCAGGAGGCGAGUGCGCAGGAUCCACGCAACGCAAUGACGGACGAUGCUGCUGCACCGCCAGCCACCUAUGUCAGUGCCACCAGUGGCAUCAAGCUACAGCGCCAGGACAGCUCCGGCAGAUGCAGGACGCAGCUAAGUCGGGCGAGCAGCAUACCCACGCCGCCUCCUCUGCCGCCGCCACCAGCGGCUCCGCUGCUGCAGCUGCGCGCCAGGUCGCGGCAGGAGGCGAAGGAUAUGCAGGCGCGUCGCCAGGGUGGCAUCUAUGAGCAAGUAGAUCCGCAACUGGCCUCCAGCCAGGUCAAACAGCACGAGGCGCAUGUGGAGAUUGCACAGCUCGAGGCGAAGUAUGCCCACAUCCAACAGUCCAUAGCGGAGCAUCUGCGUCAGAUCGAUGCUUACAUGGAGAACGCCAAGACUGCGCUGCAGCGCACAGCGCAGGUUAAGCUAACAGCAGAGCCACCACCAGCAGCACCACCCAAGCCACUCAGCAGCAGCCCCAGCAACAGCAACCACAACGAGCUGUGGGACAUGUUCGCAUCGAGGCAAUCCCCCAUUCUGGCUGUGGAGAGUCCUUUGCAGGCCAUAUUAAGGCAAAUUUACUGCCGCGCAGCUGGCAUACAGCUGCAGCCCAAGGAGCAGCAGGACAGCCCAGUGCUUCAGCUGGAGCCAGCCGUGCCCGCUGAGAACGUGCCGAUAGUGGAGCGUGCUCUGGAGGAUCUGCAUCGCAUUGCCAUUGCACUGGAUGGCGACGGGCACGUGGAGCAUAAGAUGACGCCAAAAGCUGACAAGGCACAGCACGUAGUCAUCGAGGAGGAAACGGAAGCGGAGACAGAGGCAGAGCAGCAGGAGCUGGAGCUGGAGCAGAGCUCUGACUUUAACCUAGACUACAGACAUGUGUCCGAUGUAAUUGCCAACUAUGAACAGCUGUCAGCAGCCACAGCGAAUCGGCAGGAGCAGCAGCCCGAUAAGAGAAAUGCCACACAGCUAGAGGAGCAGCUGGCGGGCAGGGAGCGGAAAGCAGUGAAAUGUCAGGAGCAGCAUGAAUCAAAGAAAGCAGACACUAAGAGUGAAGUAAAAUCAAUAAGGGAGGCGGAGGAGGAGGCGCUGCAGCAGGAGAAAAUAUUAAAGGAAAUACGCAAGGAGCAGCAAAGGGAAAAGUUGAGGGAGCUGCUACAGAAGCAGGAGAAGCAGUUGAAGGAGCAGGCGGAAUUAUUAAGGGAGCAGCAGAAGGAGAAGUUAAAGAUGGAACAGCAGGAGAAGCUAAAGACGGAACAGCAGGAGCUGUCAAAGAUAGAGCAGCAGCAGCAACAGUCGAGUGAUCAAGUGGAAGCUAAAAACACUGCCACGCCCAGUUGUCCACAUGAGCCCAGCGAGGAGGAGCAGCAGGGCAACUGGUGCGCUGUGUGUGGCGAGUGUCGCGACUCGCCGCACGGCUGGGGCAAGCUCAACAAGGCUGACCAGUGGCGCCUCGACAAUCUGCAGAACGAGUCGCUGGCCAACUACAAGUCCACCUAUGAGAUACGCAGUCCCUACAUCUCGCGCCAAAUCUCCUGGGAAGAUACACAGCAGCAGCAGCAGGGGCAGCAGGAGCAGCAGCCGCAGGGGCAGCAGCAGGACCAGGGGCAAUCGAGGGAACCGCUGCAACGGCAGCGCAGUGAGGUGGAGAUUGUAACCACGCCAGUUGCAGCCGAACAAGAAGAAGAAGAAGAGACAACACCAACAGCCACACCAGCAACUGCUGCUCUCGCCGAGCCCAAGGAGUGGCAGCUGAGUCGUUCGCCCAGUCCAUUGCCCUUGCGCAAGUAUCCUGCUCCACUGAUUGAGACUGCACAGCGCUGCAGCUCGCCCUUUGGCCUGAAUGCAGUGCAGCUCCGAUCCUCAACGCCCUCACCCGCCCCACUGGAGGCGAAGUUCGCGCAUGUGCCACAGCUGGAGGGUCACAACAUUGGACUGCUCGUCCACACGGCCACGGAGCCACUGCAGAUGUGCAUGUCCGCCUCCUCCAGCAUGCUGGCGGCCACUCCGCCGGCCACGCCCCGCUGCAACUCACAGCCGCCGCCCUUCGAGUUUCUCUUGCAGCACGGCCUGGGCGUGGACGCGCAGCGGAAUGCACAGCUCACAGGCUUCAAGUCUCUGGCAGGCAGCAGCGAGGAGCUGCCGCGCGAGCGCAGCGUCAAUCGAUCCUUUGACAAUGUCUCGCCACGCCCCUAUAUGGGCAUUGAAGGUGUGUUGCGAAUCCUUGUGCUGUCACAACAGAAACUCAGCUGCAGAAUGGGCGCACAGUGGAGACUGAUUAACCAGAACUAUAAGAAUAUGGAGGGUUACAAGCGCGUCGCCUGGCCGCCAGCCUCCGAGGAGCGCAUCGUGCGCGAGUUCACGCCGCAGUCGCAGACGCAAAGCCCGGCGCCAGGCAGCGGUGGCUACUACCCACAGCCAGCUGCCAGCCAGGCAGCCAGCCAGCAACCACCACAGCAACAAUAUGGUGCACCGUCCUACAACAACUAUCAGCAGCAGCAGCAGCAGCAACCGCAGCAGCAGUGGCAGCAGCAACAGCAGCAGCAGCACCAGCAGCAGCCGCAGCAGCAACAAUAUCAGGCUCCUUAUCAGACGUCGCCAUACCAACAGCAACAAAACUAUCCACAGCAAAAUGGUGGUGCUAACUAUGCUCAACCACAAUACAAUUCUUAUUCGCAGCCACAGCAGCAGCAGCAGCCGCAGCAGCAACAACAACAGCAGGUGCCCUACUCGCUGGAUCAGACUGAUCAGCAUGGUUAUCGUGGCGCCAGUCCUGGCAUCAUAACGCUGCGCAAGGAGGCGCCCGUCUCCCAGAAGCCAGCGCCAGUCUACACUUCGCAGCCUGCCGCCGUCAGCUAUCGAGGAGGCAGCAAAUUGCGCGGAGAUUUGAAAUGGCCACCACAGGAGUACAAGGAAGCUGCUGUACGCGAAAACGAGGAACGUCGCCUGUUGGCGCUGGGCCCCGUUUGCCGUCCCCGUAGAGUCAAUCGUGACUACACGCCCUUCUUUGCCAAGCAUCAGCUGAACCACUCUUAUCCCAGCUAUAAGGUGCCACCCGGCACUCAGCACAUAUUCGGAGCCUAAGAAGGGGAUCACGCAGAGCUCAUCAAGCAAACGGAAAAUGCAAAUUGUUAUCAAUGGAACCCACAUCAUAUAAUACUAAAAACGAUCAUGUAUAUGUUACUAAAACGACGACUAACGAAUCAAAGCAAAAAACUAUAUGUAUUUUGUUAUACUAAUUUUAAAACUUAACUAACCCA